ACAAUUUAGAAAAUAUCAAAUGAAGAUCAAUCACAAUUUAGAAAAUAUCAAAUGAAGAUCAAUCACAAUCUAUCUACCACAAAAGAAACACACCAGAUGAAGAAAAUAUCUAUAGCAAUCAAAACAGCUCCGAAACUAAAAUAGGAUAGUUCGGCGAUUUCAUCUCGCAAAUUAUAAAUUUUUUUUGAAACCCAGAUCUGGGUUUCAGAGAGGAAGAUCUCUCCUCCCCCGUUGUUGGUUCAGCAAGCCUGAGAAAACCCAGAUCUCGUCUCUCCCUUCUCUUUUGGUAAACGGAUAUAUUCUGCUUUUCUGGUCCACUGCUCCACAACCACCUCCAGCACAAGUUCUACAACUAGGAACCCUCGCUCUUCUUCCUCCACCUCUAACACUUCCGGCCGCGAAGCUAUCCUCGCCAUCCGCCUCAAGAAGGUACCGGAUAUUAAUCUCUCUUCAAUGGUCUCUACAGGCUUGCUGGUUCAGGGGCCUAAGAAAACCCAAAUCUGGGUGUAGGGACGGCAGGGUGCGUGGCGGUUUGCUGAUGUUGUUCCUGCACGGUGAUGGAGCUACUGGUGUUCGGGUUUUGCAAGGUACCUACGGGGCUGUGCAAGAAGGCGUGGAAAAAGAGGAAACGUCGACAAAUCCUGAAGAUGAAGAAGUAGGGGGUGAUGGGGGAGGAAAUAGGAAGGAGCUGGAUGCGAAGGCAAAUCAGGUGGCGACGAAGAGCCAACUUGGCAUUUCGGAGGUGGUGGCAGGGGGUGAUGGGGGGAGGAAACCUAGAUCUGGGUUUGAGAGGCCUCCACCAUCACCCAUGUCGCCGGCUGAAAACCCAGAUCUGGAGAGGAAGAAGGGAGAAGAGAGACUCUGAUUUUGAUUUUGAUUUUGGAGAGAAAGAAUAAGAAGGAUGAUCUGAUUGGUUUAGGGUUUUUAAUUUGAGAAGGAAAUGAAAGGAGAAACGAAGAAAACUGUGGGAAUUUG